AUGGCAUUUGCAGGAACAACCCAGAAGUGUAUGGCAUGUGACAAGACUGUCUAUCUUGUGGACAAGUUAACCGCUGAUAACCGUGUUUUCCAUAAGGCUUGCUUCCGAUGUCAUCAUUGCAAAGGAACCCUCAAGCUUGGCAACUACAAUUCCUUUGAAGGGGUACUCUACUGCAGGCCACAUUUUGAUCAACUCUUCAAAAGAACUGGCAGUCUUGACAAAAGCUUUGAGGGGACACCAAAAGUUGUAAAACCAGAGAAACCUGUCGAUGGUGAGAAACCUAUAUCAACUAAAGUCUCGACCAUGUUCGCUGGAACCAGAGACAAGUGUUUCGGCUGCAAGAACACUGUCUAUCCAACUGAGAAGGUUUCGGUGAAUGGAACUCCUUACCACAAAAGCUGUUUCAAAUGCAUCCACGGAGGAUGUACAAUUAGCCCAUCCAACUACAUUGCACAUGAAGGUCGCCUCUACUGCAAACACCACCACAACCAACUUAUCAAGGAAAAGGGUAACUUGAGUCAACUCGAGGGUGAUAGUGAGAAGGAUUCCAUGAACGACAAAGCUAAUGGAAGAGAAGCUGCUGCCGAUUCGUAA